AAAGGUGCCAAGUUGAUACUGAAUACCAGAGAAGAGUCUGAUGUAGACAGAAUCUCAUCAGAAUGUGAGGAAGCAAAUCUGAAAUGUUCCAGGUAUUAUCACCAUAUAAAUGCAUGCAGUCAUUCCCCAGAAGUACUCAACCACAAAAACCACAACGAUCAACCAAAGAAGACCGUCACCCCAACGAGAUCUCUCCGUUCCAACAUCAACUAUUCCUUCGCCCACGUCCAUGAGCCACUAUCUUCCUCCAGACAAGCAAGCCUAUACAGGGCGUCCUUUCCCCUGCGCACAAGACCUGAAUCUCUGAAUCUGGAUGCCUCCAUGCUGAAUUUUGAGCCUGCUUCCAGGGAUUCUUAUUUGCAGGUAUCUUCCUUCAGGAGAGAAACCAAAACGGCCCAAACUCUCAGCAUCGUUAUGGGAGGAUUCAUAGCUUGCUGGCUUCCGUUUUUCAUCCUGUAUCUCCUCACACCAUUCAUCCACACCAACGAGUUCACCGCUAUAAUAAUGUCCUACCUGACGUGGCUGGGCUGGCUGAAUUCUGCUAUCAACCCCUUCAUCUACGCGUUUUAUAGCCCCGACUUUCGAAUAGCGUUUUGGAGACUGACCGUGAGGCACUUCCGGAAAAAUCGGCGGGCCGAUUUUGCUUCGCAGCAUCGAUAAGUUUCGUUGGAAAUAUGUAGAGGACUCUGUAUGUUAAAGUUAGAUAUUUAUUUUUGUUGUACUACCGUUUACUGUUCUAGUCAUACUGGUAACCUGGUGAAAUAGACUGUAUAAAAGACAUUUACUUUAAAGUAAUGUGUUGGUUUUUGUUAUACAUUAUAAGUAGUCAAUAAAGUUCAAAUGAAAUUGG